GUGCCACGACAAAUCCGACAGCAGCGUGGUGAAUGUUUGUCUAGACUGGAGCAUCGACAACUUUCCCUUUCUGCGUAGUAAAACGACUUUCUUAUCAUCCCGUGGUAUUUCCAUGGCAGAAUUGGGACUGCAUGGACAUGAUGCUCGCUGGAUUCUGAUGGUCAAGCCGUGCCACAUUGUCAGUGAGAAUUGCGAAGGGAAGACGACUGGCCGAAAGAGCAGCACUAGCGCGAGGAAAUCGACGACACCGGUGCAAGACGGUUUACAAUCACAUCGUGCUGCCGUUUACGUAUCCCUUUUGAAUUCCCCUAAUCCUAAUGACGACUACAGCGGUGACGACGAAUUUCCAGCUGAAAUAACGAUAAUGGUUCUGAACAAAGCCGGGGAAUGUGCCUACACCGUGGGAGAAGAGCGGCUGGGACGCACGUUCGCUGCCAACAGUGCCACCUGGGGUUUCGAAGGCAGCGGUAUACCGCACACUCGUCUCUUCGGGGCCGCUCGUCAUUGUCUUCUGGUCAACGGCACCCUCAUCCUUCGCUGCCAGAUCCGUUUCCUGAUCGAACGACCGUCUCGCACUAUUUCCAAAGAUCUGCCCGGCAGUAUGGUUCCGCAUCCGCUGCACGAAGCCGCGCUGCUACGCUACCGUGACCUGUAUCACUCCCGGGAAUUCGCCGAUUUCACCCUGUUGUCCAACGAUGGUCAGGCGAUUCCCGUCCACCGCGGCAUUCUGAGCGCCCAUUCACCCAUGUUCGCGCUGAUCUUCGACGAGGAGGAAGCCGAUGCAUCCGCCACCCGCGAGAUGGCUGAUUUGAACGGGGAGGUUUUGGACAUUUUGCUGGAGUUCAUUUAUUACUCUGGUGUCGAGCGGGUGGAGCCGGUCGCUGAGCCGUUGUUGGUGGCGGCAGCCAACUAUGAGAUUGAUGAUUUGAAGGAUAUCUGCGAGGGGCAUUUGGUGAACGCGGUCAAUUCGAAAAGUGCUGCACGUUUGCUGGUGCUUGCAGAGGAGUAUGAACUGGAGACCUUGGAAAAGGCCUGCAUGGAAUUUAUUACGAAAGGAGAGGAGUUUGUCUUGGAAGGGGGUGACAGAGAGAAAGUGGUCAGUACGGCGCUGGUGAAAAAGAUUGUGCGUCAUUGCUCGGUUCAACAUGCCAAGCCGGGGAAAAGUGACAAAAUCAAGGAGGAGUGGGAUGAAUGAGAAUCCAUCUUUUCAGUGAUCUUUUUUUGGUGAGAGUCAGUUAUUCUUACCCCAAGUUUGUACAAUAUAUUAUAAAGUUUUGAAUCUUUGUGAUACGCAAUCUUUCAAGGGUUACAUAUAUUAUUAUUGCUAUAUUACCUUGUCUGCUCGGCAGUCCCAGAGUUUUAAAUGUUUUAGAUUAAUGGAAGCUGCCGUGAGAUGCCGUUGGCCCCUUUUACAGUAUUAUACUAUUUGCUUCAAGUUCAGUGGCUUUCUUUAAUAAAUUAAA